CAGAGACUUUUAUUUUGGUAACCUGAGCGGAAACCUUACGAUGUCAACAGGUUGUGUAUGUUAUGGUUGUAUGUAGACAUUACAGAGAGAUUCUGCGCGUUAAGCAGCCCGCAGGGGAAUAAAUGUAGAUGUGAGGAGGUGAUUAGCGGCUUACAGUCAUGAACGGAAGCUGUAAUGCGGUGCUGGAUAAAGAGGAACAUGUUUUAAAGCUGGGAGAGAGCUUCGAGAAAAGAGCCAAGUCCUCCUUCCACACCAUCAGAUAUGAUUUUAAGCCGGCCUCCAUCGACACGUCAUGUGAAGGAGAGCUGCAGGUGGGAAAAGGAGACGAGGUCACCAUUACGCUCCCACACAUCCCAGGUUCAACGCCUCCCAUGACGGUCUUCAAAGGCAACAAGCGGCCGUAUCAGAAAGACUGCGUCCUGAUCAUCAACCACGACACCGGCGAGUUUGUGCUGGAGAAGCUGAGCAGCAGCAUUCAGGUCAAGAAGACCAGAGCUGAAGGCAGCAGUAAGAUCCAGGCUCGGAUCGAGCAGCAGUCUGUGAGAGCCAGUCAGCCUGCGUCUCAGUUCCGAACUCCCACUAAACCCAGCAGCGGCGUGAAGACGUCCCCGAGUAAAGACAACCCGUCUCCUGAACCCCAGCUGGACGACAUCAAGAGAGAGCUGCGGGCGGAGGUGGAGAUCAUUGAGCAGAUGAGCAGCAGUGGCAGCAGCAGCUCCUCAGACUCGGGCAGUUGUUCAGGCAGCGGUGAUGACGACAGCUCCAGCAGUGAUGGAGAGCAAGAGAGCACAAACCUCCACCUGUCCCCCAGCCGAGAGCCUCCGAGCAACGGCACGGAGAAAUCCCAGGGCAACAACCAGCUAAUGAACACACUGAGAAACGAUCUGCAGCUGAGCGAAUCAGGCAGCGACAGCGAUGACGAUUGACGUCUUCCCAUCAUCCCUCACUCAGCACUGUUCUCUUUCUUAUUUUCCCUCAACUUCGUGACAGGCUGCUCUUCCUCUGUUACAGUUUAUAAAGCUGCCUGUGCUUUUGCAGUUUUGUCACAGCUCCUAUAUAUAUAUAUAUAUAUAUAUAUAUAUAAAAUCAGAAGUUCUAGUUUGUAUUUUUAUUAGAUUAUUUUUAUUUCAUUAAAGUAUAUUUUAAGGCUUGUUACAGGAUAAAAAAAAAAAGAUUAUGUGAAAAAGCAUUCAUAUGGUUGUAUAUCAAUACCAUAUAUAUUCUAGUUUGGCUUGUUUUUGUGAUCAUAUAACCACUAGCUUGUGUUUUCAUUUUUUCAGCUCAGUGUAGUGCUUAAAUAAUGUGUUCAGUUUUGCAGUGUAUUUUGGUUGUGAUGUCAUACUAUCAUGAUACUAGUUGUGAUUGAUCACGAUUGGCACGAUCAACUUAAGCACCACCCCUGUGGACACAGGCACACCGGCACAUUCAGGAUCCUGUACAGCUUUUGUAACUCGCUUACAUUUAACAGGUGGGAGAUUGUCCACAAGGGGGCAGUAUCCAUAUGCUACAUGUCCACUGUGCACAAAUGCAUUACUAGGAGUAGCGAAUAAAAUGGGAGUAGCGAAUAAAAAAUGCGCUAUGGAUUGUGAGAUAGCAAGCGGUGAGAACUUUGAGAUAAUUUUAUUUUUUUUUUGUUAUGUCAGUGAGAUCAGCGACUAAUCGACAAACGACAACUUUACAUCGUCUGUACGCAGUUGCGUACGUUCACAUUGUACUGCUUACGCAUAUUUUUGUCUGGACGAAAAAUUAAUCGCUGCAGGAACGCGCUGUAAAUAGACAAAAAACGGGAAUAUUUUAUCUUCACACAAAUAUUUUAGAACUAAGUUAACUUGAAUAAGAAGAUAAUUUAUUCGAAAUACACAAUAUCAGGUUCACUGACGUCCUGCGUAGUAAACAGACACGCCCCCUCAAGCAGCGUGACACUGACGAUGAUAACGAAGGGAGAUAUUCACGCCGUGUGCAGUGGACAUUUAAUCUUCGGUUCGCUUAAACUGUGUAUAAAUGCACCUCGUGCAAGUGAAGUUUGAUUUUUUUUUUUGUUUGUUUGUUUGUUUUGCUGUAAUUUUGUGACACCAGCCUGCUGUGAACUUCACAUCUGUCACGAUGCAUCCUCGUUAUUCAUCUGCACUUAUGAAGUUUAUCUGAAGCUGCUGUCAAAUAAGGUCACAUGACAUGACAAUUGCUUCUUCUGUACAGAUAAAGAAGGAAAUAUUGUAUGAAUUGACCAGUGUGAGUGUAAAAAAGAUUUUAGCCUUAGUUAUAGCUCUGUGUAGAGAUUUUAACUGAAAAGCUGAUAAACAUGGGCUUGAACAUUCGCUCAGACCUAAGAGUCAAGGCCAGUAUUUUGAAAUAUAAAUGCUCUUUUGCUCUUCAUGUGUUAUCUUAAACCGGAAUGUUCUUUCCUGUGCCUGUGUUAAUGGAGCAAUAAAGAGCUGUUUUCUGAAA